CAAUUAUAACAAGAAAACGGGUUGAUUGCUUGUUUUCUUUACAUUCAUUUACUGUAUUAUAUUCAAGCUGGCCCAAAAAACCUUGGAAUUCGGGGUUUUUCUUAUUGACGACGCCGAUUAUAGCAGUUAUUGAAAUUGUACAAUUACGGCUUGCUUUGUGAGGAAACAAUCAAGCUUGGGGUUUUUAAUACGACGCUCAUUUUCAAUCAAUGUCCAGAAAUGUAGAAAGUAGGCAAAAUGCUCCAAGGGACUCUGAAGACUCAUUAUCCUCAGACAUUACAUUUCAUGGAACAAAUGGUCCGCAGGAAAAUCCGUUUUUAGGAAGAGAUGAGUUUGAGGAUAUCUUCGGUGCUGAAAGCCAGUUCAUUUCUUCUGGACAGGACUUGAGAAAUCCUUUUUUGAGCGAUGACAGACCAGGCCGUGUAGAUCAAAUAAAUGACCCUAACAAUGCCUACGUUAGAACAACAGGUGCUGAUGUACGAAAAAUUGAAAUUCCUUUGCGUAAUUUUGCAGAUCCGAUUCAAAACGAUGACUACAUACCUCGACGACGACGUGGCUUUUUUGAACAAUUGAAAUCUCUAAAGCAGGUCUUUAAGAAAAAAGAAAAACAUAUUGAUCCUAAAGAACUGGGUCCUAGGAUCAUUACCAUUAAUGACUACACUGCUAAUCAUUUCUCAAACAAUGUCGUCUCGACGUGCAAGUACAAUGUAGCUAGUUUCCUUCCUAAAUUCUUACAGGAGCAGUUUUCCAAAUACUCGAAUUUGUUCUUUUUGUUCACUGCUAUUAUCCAGCAAAUACCUGGUAUAACACCCAUGAACCGUUAUACAACAAUCGCUCCCAUGCUCAUCGUUUUGUCUGUAUCCGGAGUAAAAGAGGUCAUGGAAGACAUUAAACGAAAACAACAGGAUGAAGAAACGAAUACCUCUGUUUGUCAUGUUAUGCAAGGUACUGGAUUUAUAGAAAAGCAAUGGAAAGAAGUUCAAGUUGGUGAUAUCGUGAAGGUCGUCUCUGAGACCUUCUUUCCAGCUGAUCUUAUCCUGCUGUCUUCUUCCGAACCAGAGGGCCUUUGCUAUAUUGAAACAGCUAACCUUGACGGCGAAACAAAUCUCAAGGUAAAACAAGCGCUUCCUGAAACCUCUAGUUUGUUGAAGCCAAUCGAGCUAAGUCAGUUAGAAGGUACAGUCAAGUCUGAACAACCAAACAAUAGUUUGUAUACUUACGAUGCAACAAUAAAACUUCUUCCCGAUAAUCGUGAGUUACCCCUGGGCCCAGAACAAUUAUUGCUUCGUGGUGCUCAGCUUCGCAAUACACCCUGGGUUUAUGGCAUAGUUACUUUUACUGGGCAUGAAACCAAACUCAUGAAAAAUACAACGAAAACUCCCAUAAAACGUACUGCCGUUGAAAAGCAGGUCAAUACACAGAUUCUCUACCUCGUACUAAUUUUUGUUUUUCUUUGUUUUUGUUCUUCACUUGGUUCUCUUAUACAGCGAUCUGUUUAUGGUUCCGCUUUCUCAUACUUGCAUAUUACAGCUUCUCGUGGAGGUGAAUUUUUCAAACAGCUUCUGACAUUUUGGAUUUUGUACUCCAACCUUGUCCCUAUAUCUCUUUUUGUCACUUUUGAAUUGGUCCGUUAUGUACAAGCCCAACUUAUUAGCAGUGACCUCGAUAUGUACAACGAAGAAACAGAUGUACCUGCUGCGUGCCGUACAUCUUCAUUAGUAGAAGAAUUGGGUCAAGUCAGUUAUAUUUUUAGUGAUAAAACCGGUACAUUGACUCGUAAUCAAAUGGAUUUCCGUCAAUGCUCUAUCGCUGGCUUAGCUUAUGCCGAUGUCGUACCAGAAGAGCGCCAAUACUCAGAAGAUUUGGAUUCUGACAUGAUUGUAUAUGACUUUUCGACAUUAAAGAAAAAUCUUGAUUCCAGCAAUGGUGAUUUGAUUCAUCACUUUUUGUUAGUACUCUCAAUUUGUCAGACCGUUAUUCCCGAAUAUGAUGAAACAUCUAAUUCAAUAAAGUACCAAGCUUCAUCUCCUGACGAAGGAGCAUUAGUGAAAGGAGCCGCUAGCAUCGGUUAUGAAUUCCUAGCUAGAAAGCCACGAUAUGUUACAGUUAAAUUGUUUGAUAAGGAAGAAACUUAUGAGUUGCUUAACAUUUGCGAAUUUAAUUCCACGAGAAAGAGAAUGUCCAUAAUUUUUCGUUCUCCUGAUGGGAAGAUCCGACUCUAUAUUAAAGGUGCUGAUACUGUCAUUCUAGACAGACUUGCUGGUGAAUGUCCCUAUCUCAAAACUACAAUUCACCAUCUAGAGGAUUAUGCAACUGUUGGUUUGCGAACAUUAUGUAUAGCUAUGAGGGAAAUCUCUGAUUCUGAUUAUCAAAGGUGGUCGGUUAUUUACGAAGCAGCUUCAACGAGUUUAGUGGACAGAGCCCAGAAGCUGAUGGAUGCUGCAGAGAUGAUUGAGAAAGAUUUAACUCUUCUUGGUGCUACAGCUAUUGAGGACAGGUUGCAAGAUGGGGUGCCUGAUACAAUCUCAACUCUUCAAACAGCUGGUAUAAAGAUUUGGGUAUUAACAGGAGAUAGACAAGAAACCGCUAUCAAUAUUGGAAUGAGCUGUAAGCUUAUUGAUGAGGAUAUGGGCCUAGUCAUUGUAAACGAGCAGACAAAGGAAGCUACAGCUGAAAGCAUUAUGUCUAAGCUUUCUUCCAUAUAUAGAAAUGAGCAUAACAGUGGAAGUAUAGAGUCAAUGGCACUAAUUAUUGAUGGUGUUUCUCUUACUUUCGCUUUGGAACGUUCACUAGAGCGUCGCUUCUUCGAACUCGCCUCUCUAUGCCGUGCAGUUAUAUGUUGUCGAGUUUCUCCAUUGCAGAAAGCACUAGUAGUGAAGAUGGUAAAACGAAAUACAGAUUCCAUCUUGUUGGCUAUCGGUGAUGGUGCAAACGACGUUCCUAUGAUCCAAGCUGCGAAUAUCGGCGUUGGAAUAAGUGGAAUGGAGGGUCUACAAGCUGUUAGAAGUUCAGAUUUCUCUAUUUCUCAGUUUUGUUAUUUGAGGAAGCUGUUGUUGGUCCACGGAUCAUGGUGCUAUCAACGCCUUGGUAAAUUGAUUCUUUUUUCGUUUUACAAGAAUGUGGCUCUCUAUAUGACUCAAUUUUGGUUUGCCUUUUGUAAUGCCUUUUCUGGACAAGUUACUUACGAGUCUUGGUCAAUUUCGUUAUACAAUGUUCUUUUUACAGUUCUGCCUCCAAUUAUUAUAGGAAUUUUUGAUCAGUAUGUAAGCGCAAGCCAGUUAUACCAAUAUCCCCAACUCUAUCAACUAGGACAACGUGACGAGUUUUUUAAUUUAAAGCGAUUUUGGGCAUGGAUUGCGAAUGGGUUCUAUCAUUCAUUACUUUUAUUUUUAUGUUCCCUAGCUGUAUUCGCGUACGAUGGCCCAAAUUCUAAUGGACCCACUUCUGGUCACUGGGUUUGGGGCACCACUCUGUAUGCAAUGAUUUUAGCUACCGUCUUAGGUAAAGCCGCUCUUGUUACUAAUCACUGGACCUAUUACAUGCUUAUUGCUACUCUAGGAUCUUUUGUCUUUUGGUUGGUUUUCAUGCCUAUAUAUGCUGUGGUUGCGCCAGCCAUUGGGUUUUCAAAGGAAUUCAAGGGCAUCAUACCUUAUCUGCAUGGAAAUUUAAAAUUUUGGGCUUCAAUACUUGUAUUUCCUACAUUUGCCUUGAUGCGUGACUUCGUUUGGAAGUAUUCGUCGAGAAUGUACUACCCCGAAGAAUAUCAUUAUGUUCAAGAGAUACAAAAGUAUAAUGUUACAGAUUAUAGACCACGAAUGAUUGGAUUUCACAAAGCUAUCCGAAAGAUUCGGCAGAUGCAAAGAAUGCGCAAACAAAGAGGAUAUGCUUUUUCACAAGGAGAGGAAGAUCAAUCCAGAAUUCUCAAUGCUUACGAUACAACUCAUGUACGAGGUGCUUACGGAGAAAUGCGCUAAGAGUAUCAAAAUAGAAAACAAGAAAUGCGUGCCAGCUUCUUUCCUUUUAUUUUCUAGAUUAUGUUUUAAUGAGUUUUCUAUAUGUUUGCUUGUAAUAAUUAAAAAUUACUCGUUAAAUAAACCUUCGAUAUCAUUUUUAGACUAACAACCCUUUUACGAACGAUAGGAGCCUAUACAUAGAGACGCAUUUGUUCCUCCGAAACCAAAACUGUUUGUUAAUGCAUAAUUCACAGUUUUCAAUUUUGUUUUAUUGGGAACGUAGUCGCACUGAUCUUCUUCUGGAAUGUCGGUUUUUUGAAAAUUUAGAGUUGCAGGAAUAGUUUUCUAUGGUUAUUAGUAAAGUGUUAAAAAAGAGUACAUACUUCAUGUAUAGCCAAAAUUGUAAAGAUUGAUUCAACUGCUCCAGCAGCUCCUAAGAGAUGUCCAAUGGAGCCUUUAGAGCUUGAAACUGAAACUGAGUGAGGGUCAAUGCCAUCGUCUUUCAAGAGAGUUGCAAUGGCUUUACUUUCGGAGGCGUCACCGAGCUUUGUAGAGGUAGCAUGGGCGUUUAUGUAAUCCAAUUUUCCAGAAGAUACAUUCGCAUUCUUCAGAGCC